AUGACUGACGAAGAACCUGUAGUAGAUAUUGAACAGGAAUUAAGCGAUCUCUUAACUAAAGUCCAACCAAACUUGCAAGAUGUUAUUAAAAGGAGUUUUACAAACGUGGCUCUGCAGCAGACGAAAAAUGGCGAGCAACUCAAACCAGAUACACUGGCAGACACAUCCUAUUUUGCAAAAAAUACACAAGUUAAUUUAUCUCGUUUGGAACUGGUAAAAGUACCAACAUUCCACAUGCAAACACUAUCACUGGACUUAAAGUCAAUGGCAUUGACAUUGAAGUGCUCACUUGGAGAAGUCAAUGUGAAAGGACUGUACAGUGCAUUUAACGAGAACCUCUACAAUCUUAUACCGGUCAUGGCUGAAGGACAUGUAUUAAUAUCAUUAUCAAACAUGAUCGCAGAUGUAAAUGUGGGCCUUUUCCUAGAGGAUGAUGCAUUCUCCUUCAUCAAUCCUGGCAUUGAGUUCACGCACGAUGAAGUGCUUAUGAAGUUGUCGUGGCCGUCACCUCAAAGAAACGGUGGCUAUGAUUUCGCGACGACAGAGCAGUUAGCAAAACAUAUAGAUGACUUACCCCUCACUGCAGCCAUAUCGUUACCUUUAUACGCACUUUUAAGGGAAAAGUUACAAAGGCAUUUAGCAUUAGUACUGAGGCAAGCGACCAGCGUGUCUGACCUUAUGUGCUCCAAUCCUAGUCUGAUGCAAGCUUACAGUUCAAUGAUUGACAGUUUGGCGCACAACGGCAAUAAAGUAAUAGACAUGAUCUUGAUCAACAUGAGGCGAACACUUCUGCAGAAUUGUCGAGAAGUACUUGAAGUUCCACCGUUACAUGCUACGUUCAUGCACAAGAUAGGAUCAUUAUCGUUCAUAGGCAAAUUCGAGACUGAUACAGGCUGGGUGAAGAAUUUGGCUACGAUCAACAGAAUUAAUGACGUCAGCGUCACCAGGCCGGACUCCUUGAAGACUAGCUUUAGAGUUACGUUGAGGAUAAAGGAUCUACAGAUCGGAUACGACGAGUACCGGAUCCGUGCCAUGGGCGUGUCGUGCUCGGGCCGGGCCGCGGCCGCUCUGCAGCGACACACGCUACACUUGGCGGUGACGGUGGGCCUAGCGCGGUGGGAGCCGUACGCGCAACUGGACGACUUGCGUGUACAAAGUUUAGAGUGCGCGGACCUGCACGUGACGGGGCUGGGCCCGCUGAGCGGCGCGUCGGCGCUGGUGUGCGCGUGGCUGCGCGGCGCCGCGCGCUCGCUGGCCGCGCCCGCGCUCGCCGCGCAGCUGCAGCGCGACCUGCACCUGGCGCUGCAGGAGCUGCCGCUCUGGGACAUGCUGCACGCCAAGCACUGA